CAACGGUCGCUGGGCGACAGCAGCGUCAAACAGAGCGUCACAUCCGACAGUCCUCCACCAAACCAGACUUUGGAUUAGAGACCUCGGUGUCGCUCAAUUUGAUGCACAUUAUUGUUCUGGUCGAUCGCGUAUUCGAUAGUGCAUUGGCGCCGGCAUAAGUUUAUUUUCCUCCAAUGCAAGCCACUGGUCCUGCCUGCAUUGACGGGAGUGCCCCAAUUAUUUGUCCAAGCGCGUCGCAAACCAAGAAACCGUGGUGCUACCUGCCUGACUCUGCCGCUGCGAUCUCGACAACUUUCUCGGCUUCUUUUUCGACAGCCAUCCCAGUUUUCGAGCAUCAACCCCAUCGACCGAGCCUUCUCCCCAAUUGAACCAGCUACUAGAAGCGACAGUCACGGCCUGACCACGACAGGCACGUUUACAACUCACACGAGGGCUGCGCGGCGGAACCCAAGCCCUUCCUGUUUGCGCCAGAUUAAACAACGGAAAACGGUGCGACCGUCUUGAGACUCGGCUUUUCAAUCAAGAUCGCAACGCAAUCGCAAGUCGCGCAUCGCUUUUGCGCGUCGCCUCAAGUUCUGGAGAUCGGCAACAGGACCGCAUAAUCCGACCGUGCGUUGCCAUCCACGGUCGCCAACACUAGUUCUAGUCUCCAACUGUCACUGUCAACUACCUGACACACGGACAAAAUGGCCUCGACGGUAACCAGCGGCUACACCAUCGCGCGCCGCGAGCCCAUCCACCGCUACCACUGGCCGGCGGUGCAGCUCAACAUAUGGCUGCUUGUGAUGCUGCUCUCGGCGUCGACCAUCGUCGGCGUCUUUGCCAACUUUAUCAACGUCCAAUACCAGUUGCUGCUUGGAGUGCCGUGGUACUUUCCAUACUUCAUUGUGGUCGGGUCACUGGUCAUCGUCUUCAUCUUCCUCAUGCUGUGGCUCAUCUUCAACUCGCGCCUGCUGCCAUCCGUCGUUAUGAUCGGAGGCUUCAUCCUCUGGGUCAUGUGGCUCGUGGGCUUGAUCAUGGUCAGCAUUGAGCUCUGGGGGUCAUCCAGCGGCAGUGUGCAGGGGAGUUGCAAUCUGCUGGUGUUUAAUCAGAACCCUACUGGGCAGACGCUCAACACGCUGGCAUGGCUGCAACAGAAGAGUAUUUGUCAAUCCUGGCAAGCUGUCUUUGCUUUCGCGCUCGUUGGGCAACUGUUCCUUCUGUGGAUCAUGAUCAUGGCGUACCAAGUGUUUGCGGGGCAGGCAUUAUGAGAUUAACAAUUAUCUCGAGUUCGUUCUUGGCAGGUAUUGGAUAUACUGUUGAUUCUAGCUGAGCAAGCUCUAUUCAACUGCUCAGGCUGAAGUGAUGGAGUUCAAGGCAUUGGGAUAGCGUGUUAUGCAUUAUGUCAUUAAAUUUUUGGCUAGGUUCUAGUGUUGUAUUAAUUCCAGGUUUCCAUGUGCACAUCGGAUGAUCCACCGUGAACGUUUAAUG